AUGGCGUCAUACAACAGGAAUGCAGAUGUGAGAAUGCAGCCUAGACUGGCACAGAGACAUGCCCAGAGACCGAGCAGGGGCACUCGCAUGAGUGGUGGCCCCAAACCGCACUCCAUGAUUGCUCAAUCUACGCGGACCUGUCACAAGCAUGAAUGGGGACACGAUAUUUACCUUGCAUUUGAGCUCAAUGGCUGUGAGGUGGGCAUCGUGAUAAUUGAGGCGUGGGCUACUGCCUCAAAAGGAUGUUGCAAGAGAAGCUUUUCUGCCACACUUACGGCUAAUCGGAAUACUCUGCGUGCAUUGCUGUAA